AGAUGAGUACAAGACUAUUGCUCACAUUGAACGGUAACGUCCUGAUCGUGGCCACAACUGGUAUCCCCCAUUGUCUUAUGGGUACAAUCAACCAGUGAUCCUUCGUUACCACUGCAUGCCACACCGUCUAACCAGAUGGUUCCAGUUCCUGGGUAUUCAUGAUUAAACGCGCGUCCCUGCGCAAAACCUAGCUCUCUGCACACGACAUCCUUGUUGUUACUAUGGGAACUCCAACCGUUGCUGCAAACCGUGCCCCAUUCCCCAUUAUGGUACACUUCAACGCGGCCUUCUAGAGGUAUUAUCGAACCUGCCAAGCGAAUGCUUUUUUUGCCUAAAAGAGAAAUAGAAUUCUCCCUGAUUGGAGUUGUAGACUGCACACCAAAGAGAGGGUGAAAUUAGGGGGAAAAACCCUGUGUGCUUCACCCACCGACAAGCUUUAAAUUCUUAGAAAUAUCUGACUUACCACGAGUGAGAAGAAUGGAGCAAAAUAGUACGCAAAAAAGAAGAUAUUUAUGCCGAGAAGUAUGCGCCAUGAAAACGCGUGCGAAACGCGUCUUUUGGUUUUAUUCAGGACCAUAUUACGUGACGUCAUUCAGACGUCAUAACCAGAAUGCCUGGGAGAAUGAAGUGGAGCUUACAUGAAGUAUUGAUAAAAUCCAAUAUGGUGGACGCAUUUGAUCUUUUUCGUCGUUUGAGUUUUGGAGCAAAAUUCGACAAGAAAAGGGUUGAAAAUAGUUUUAAAAGACUCGAGGGUGAAGAUGAGAACGUGCUGGAUGGGAAGCAGAAUGUUGCUGAUGCUGUCGACUUUUUUGGCUAUAGAAACCUGAAUGAAAACGCAUCAGAACAGGUUGCUGUAGAGCAAGAAAUUACUCAAUAUAAAACAAAGAAGAAAGUAAAAGAUGGUGGACAUGGUGAAGAUGGUAACAAGAAGAGAGUUAAAAAGAGAAAGAGAGCUGUAGAGGAAAAUGAUCAUUCAGAGUUGGUCUCCAAAGGGAAAAGUAGAAAAAAGAAAGAAAAACACAGCAUUGAGAAACUAUCUGAGUUACAGAGAGAGAAGGUGAAUGCUUUCAGAAAUAAACAUCACAUUUAUGUAAAUGGUUCUGACAUUCCUGAUCCAAUUGAAUGUUUCACUGAUCUUGAUUCACAGUAUGCAUUACCUCACUAUCUUCUCAACAAUGUUUUGGAGUCGGGUUAUGCGCAGCCAACUCCAAUUCAAAUGCAAGCAAUACCUUUACUAUUACAGAACCGAGAGCUGUUGGCUUGUGCUCCAACUGGAUCAGGGAAAACUGCUGCAUUUAUUCUGCCAAUUUUGUAUCACUUGAAAGAACCAAGGAAAUGUGGUUUUCGCUGUGUCGUUGUUUCACCCACAAGAGAACUAGCACAACAGAUCUAUCGAGAGUUUUGUCGCUUGUCAAAAGGAAAGGCUUUGAGGAUCCAUAUCCUAACAAAAGCAAAAGCAAAUGCAAAUAACUUUGGACCAAAAUCCUCAAAACGUUUUGAUAUUUUGGUCACAACCCCCAACAGACUGGUGCACAUGCUGCAGCAGGACCCCCCUGCUGUCAAUCUUGAAGGCGUUGAAUGGUUGAUUUUUGAUGAAGCAGACAAACUCUUCGAAGAGGGGAAAGAUGGCUUUAGAGAUCAGAUUGCUACAAUAUAUCAAGCAUGCUCCAACCCAAAGAUCAGGAGGGGAUUGUUUAGUGCAACUCUGUCAAAUGGUAUUGAGGAAUGGACCAGAGUACACUUGGAUAAUGCAGUGAGAAUUACUAUAGGAGUAAGGAAUUCAGCAACAGACACUGUUGAGCAAGAACUGUUGUUUGUUGGACAGGAAUCUGGGAAACUUAUUGCAAUUCGAGAUAUUAUCCAAAAGGGUUUUGAGCCUCCAAUGUUAGUAUUUGUGCAAUCAAAAGACAGGGCGAAGGAACUUUUUCAUGAAUUGAUUUACGAUGGGAUCAAUGUGGAUGUUAUACACUCAGAUAGGACACAGAGUCAGAGAGACAACAUAGUGAAAUGUUUUAGAACUGGAAAGAUCUGGGUUUUGAUAUGUACAGAACUCAUGGGCCGUGGUAUCGACUUUAAGGGAGUGAAUCUAGUCAUCAAUUAUGAUUUUCCAACGUCCAGUGUUGCAUACAUUCACAGAAUUGGUCGAACUGGGCGAGCUGGGAGAACGGGAAAAGCUGUGACCUUCUUUACCGAAGACGAUGUUGUGAACUUGAGAAGCAUAGCAAAUGUUAUCAAAUCGUCUGGCGGGGAGGUUCCUGACUGGAUGUUGCAGAUCAAGAAGGCACCAAGAAAAUCGAAGCAGAAGCUUUCGAAAGUUCCGGUGAAGCGAUCCAGCAUUAAGACUGUGACAAAAUACGAUUUGAACAAAGCGAAAAAGAGAAGAGAGAUGAUUAAGAGUUCGAAACGAAAAGGAAAGACGAAGACAGAAGAUGACAGUUACCAAGAAUGAAGAAUAUUGAGCUGUGAAUAACCCAUUGCAGACAGUGAAAAACACUGUCAACACAUUUCGUUGCAAGAUAGGAUUUAUAUGUAAUUUGCAUUCGUAGAAGCGACUCUCCGGCCGGAAGUGUUUUGAGGUGAACCUACAACUCUAUUAGAAAAUUUUGUAAUUAACCAAUGUACGCAGUUGACAAGUCCAUAAAUGACGAAUUGGGUUUAGGAGUAUGAGAGAAAAGUGAGAAAUUAGUAAAUACAGACACAUCAGUUUUUCACUCGUAAUCAUUUUUUAAAAAAUUCAUCACAUGAUGACAUGCCAUUAGGUGGUCUUAUAUCACAUGACAAAUUACGUUUCAAACAUGUUGCAUUGCCUCACCCGUAAAAAUGUGAAAUUCUAAUUUCAAUACAUCGAAAAGUAGUAUGCCUUUGCAUUCGGAAAUGAC